GCCAUGCAACGCUGGAUAAACGGCCCUGACUUUCUUUCUCAAUCAAUGGAGAACUGGCCUGAGAGACCCGCGGAUAUGGGCGAUAUUCCAAGUGAUGAUCCAGAAAUCAAGAAAGACGCAAAGGUGUACGCCACGGCAAAGAAUACAUCAAACCCAAUAUUAACAGCCUUCGAGCGGGUCUCGUCGUGGAACAAAUUAAAGAAAAUAAUGGCAUGGGUACUCCGCUACAAGACUAACUUGAGAAAACGUGCUAAAGACUGCGAUGAUAAUGAUACUCCGCCUGAAAAACAAGAUGACACUAAAGCCUUUAAAACGAUAACCGUUCAAGAGAUGAAUGAAGCAGAGAGAGAGAUUUUGCGACUGGUGCAGAACGACUCUUACCCCGACGAAAUCAGGUGUGUUGCACAAUGCGACCCACAAAAUUCCCAAGGAAAGAGAAAAUCCAUAAGGAAGAGCAGCCACAUAUACAAGCUCGAUCCCAUUGUAGUUAAUGAUCUUCUCUGCGUGGGAGGGCGAUUGCAACAGGCACCAAUAGACAACGAAGCGAAGCACCCAAUCAUUCUUCCAAAGAAACACCAUGUGGUCAAUUUAAUCAUAAGACACUUUCACAAUCUUUCUGGUCAUUCUGGGACAGAGUACACCCUAUUGUAUUGUAUUGUGAACUUUAUUUAGUCACGGUGGACUCAUCAGGAUUUUACACACUUAUGAUAAAGUAACAAAGGAAAUUAGAUAUAUGAUAAAUUAUAUAUCGUUACUGGGUCGUGAAAGGUAGAUCGAGCGUGCGCAAAACUGUUGGUCUCUGUUUUGAUUGCAAACGACGGCAAGCACCAGUGCAACAACAAAAAAUGUCAAAUUUACCAGUAGAUCGAGUUACGCCUUCACAGCCACCUUUCACGUGUGUUGGUGUUGAUUGUUUUGGUCCGUUUGUGGUACGACGUGGCAGAAGUAAUGUCAAACGAUAUGGAGUUCUGUUCACCUGCCUGGCGAUUCGUGCAGUUCAUGUCGAAGUUGCUCAUUCGUUGGAUACCCAAUCCUUCAUCAACGCCUUGAGAAGGUUCAUUGCGAGACGCGGUCAGCCAAAAGAAAUACGUUCGGAUAAUGGUGGCAACUUCGUCGGCGGAGAAAAGGAGUUACGUCAGGCGAUAGGCGGAUGGAAUCAGCAUCAAGUGCAUGAGUUUUGGUGCAAAAGGGUAUAAAGUGGACUUUCAAUCCCCCGGCAAGUUCACAUUUUGGAGGUGUAUGGGAAAGAUGUAUCAGAACAGUGAGAAAAGUCUUGACGGCUCUUCUAAGAGAACAACUGUUGGAUGACGAAGGACUCGCUACCUUGAUGUGCGAAGUUGAGUCGAUAAUCAACGGACGGCCCAUUACCAAAUUAUCGGACGAUUCCCGUGAUUUAAGCCCCCUCACCCCAAAUCACCUACUACUGUUGCGCUCUGGACCUGUUGUACCACCAGGACGAUUUGCAAAGAGUGAUCAGUACGGACAACGUAGGUGGCGUCAAGUCCAGUAUCUUGCGGACAUAUUUUGGCGACGAUGGGUUCGUGAGUAUUUACCGAUGCUGCAAGAAAGGCAAGUAUGGAACAAGACCUGUCAAAACGUCGCAGUUGACGAUGUUGUUUUGGUCGCCGACAAACGAACACCUCGUGGUUCGUGGCCGCUAGGACGAGUACUGGAAGUUUAUUCCAAUCGAAAGGACGGAUUUGUGCGAUCGGUGAAAGUGAAGACUAGUACUACAGCGUUGGUUCGACCAAUCACCAAGAUUGUUCUGUUGGAAGCAGCCGGAUCAUCAAACGAUAAGUAGAACAUUCAUUAACUGGUUAUUUAGUUACUAUACUGUCUCAAACUACCCUAUUCGGUACGCUUUGUAAAGGCAAAAACGCCUUUAAGGGGCCGGAAUGUUAGUUUGAAACAGGAUAUCUAGUAGAUCAUAAUUACGUAAUGCCCUUGUGGCAUAUCAGCCUUGUAUGUUUGCGUGACAUUAAGUCACACCCCUUUAGUAUUGAAUUGACGGUAGUACAAAAGGACAUGCGAACGCAACCUAUUCAAAUAUAGUGGAUUUCUACUUCAAUUAUCUAUCUACAGCAGCAAGCUAUUGGAG